ACAGAAUUGACUAGUAUACCGGCUGAGAACCGCCACAAUACCGGUUAGUGUUGUUGAACAGGUGCCGUGGAGAUUAGACAUCAAGAAUAUAGAUAAUUAUAAGUAAUAUACAAAAUAUACACUUACAAUGUGGUGGCUGGCAGUAUGGACACUUGUAGGUGUCUUCAUAUCGUCGACAUAUUCAUUGACAACACAUACACAUAGUAGUUUGGUAGUAUCUUCAACCGAACCUCCAAAAGAACAAGCUAGUGAAGAACAAAAGGACCAAGGGCUAAUUUUACCUAAAAUUUACGAAAUGAGAGUUGAUACAAAUGUAUCGAAUCGCUUUGCGAAAACCUUAAUCACUAGUAAAGUGAAAAAUUUGGACAAGUCUGCUCAGGCAGCCACAUUUUCUGUAGUGUUACCAGAUCAGGCGUACAUUUCUGGUUUCACUAUGGAAAUCGACGGAAAAAGUUACGAAGCCUAUGUCCAAGAGAAGAAAGAAGCCGAAAAUACGUACAAAAAGGCUGUUGCCGAUGGUCAAGCUGCAGCACACGUUGCAGUGAGUGCGAGAGAUUCAAAUAGGUUCACCGUGUCGGUGAACAUCGAACCAAAAAGCAAGGCUACUUUUUAUCUAAAGUAUGAAGAACUAUUACAGCGCCAAAAUGAAAGAUACGAAUUGCUUUUAAAUAUCCAUCCCGGACAACCUAUUAAAAAGCUCGACGUAGAAGUUCACAUUGAUGAAUCACGUUCUUUGAAAUUUGUCAAAGUUCGUUCCCUGAGGUCUGGUAAUGAAAUAGCUAAAAAUGAUGAGAAUUUGGAUCCCCGCGCAAAUGUAAUUACUGUAAAUAGCACAUCAGCAAUUGUGAAGUUUAGUCCCGACAUUGACAGGCAAAAACAACUUGCUAAUAGUUUAGGAACCAAAGAAGAAAAUGGCCUAGCUGGCCAGUUCGUUGUACAAUAUGAUGUAGAGAGGGAUCCUAGUGGUGGAGAGGUGUUAGUCGAUGGUGGUCAUUUUGUUCAUUUCUUUGCUCCAUCCGACCUGCCAGCUCUUCCAAAACAAGUGGCGUUCAUUUUGGACACAAGUGGCAGUAUGGAUGGAAUCAGGAUAGCCCAGUUGAAAGAAGCUAUGAAUAGCAUUCUGGCAGAACUUAAGAAAGAUGAUAUUUUUAAUAUUGUAGAAUUUGGCACAAUAGUUAAAGUGUGGAACAUUGACAAGACUCAAGUGCAGUACGAAUCAGGAAGUGAUGAUUACUAUUCAUUUACUACUGAAAAUCCAGAGGCAAUAUUCAAAAACAAAACGGCACAACCACUACCUCCAGCUUAUCAAGCAACUGAGGAAAAUCUUGAGAAAGCUAAAGAGGUUGUUGCAAAAUUGAACGCUUUUGGUGGUACAGAUAUACAAUCAGCACUUAAAGUUGGACUGGAAUUAGUAGAGAAAAAUUUAGAAACAGACAAAAAACACCAACCCUUAAUAGUGUUUUUAACUGAUGGUGAAGCUACUGUUGGGGAAGUAGAUAAUAAUAAAAUUAUCAGUACAAUUUCUGAAUUAAACAGUGGCAAAUGUGCCAUAUUUUCCUUAUCAUUUGGAGACGGCGCAGAUAGAAAAUUUCUGGAAAAAAUAUCCUUGAAAAAUUUAGGUUUUGCUAGACACAUUUAUGAAGCAGCUGAUGCUUCAUUACAACUGCAAGAGUUUUAUAAGCAAAUAUCCUCACCACUUCUGUCCAAAGUAUCUUUCAAAUAUGUUUCCAAUGUAUCGGAAGUAACCAAAACUGAUUUUCCACUGUUGUUUGCUGGAUCAGAAAUUGUAGUCUCAGGACAAAUUGAUCCUGGCUUUGCUCCUGGGCCUGUAGAAGGGUGGGGAAUAAAUGGCCCUGUGAAAUUAGUGCCAGUUGUGACACAAUCUGUAGGAUCCCUUGAAAGACUUUGGGCCUAUUUAACUCUAAAACAGAUUCUAGAACAGAGAGACGCCGCAGAAAAUAAAACUGAGCUAACACAGGAUGCCCUCAAAAUAGCUCUGAAAUAUUCAUUUGUCAGUGACGUCAGCUCAUUGGUUGUUGUUAAACCAAACACUACAGAUUCUGUAAAUACAGAAGAUGCCUCCAGUAAUAGUGACACUAGGUACCCAAUAAUUGCUAGUGGAUUCCCCUUAAGUUUACAUCCUUCAAGUGUGUCAGCACCUGGUCUAGCACCUUCUUCAUAUUAUUCAGUAGCAGGUGCAAGUGCGUUUGGUGGUUCCUAUUCAACAUUUGAUUCAGACAGAGUGCUAGUAGAAGCAGCUGCUCCUCAAGAAUAUGAUUCUGCAACGCCUGUACUGGAAGACGUUGCUCUAAAUGAGCUCAAAACACAGAUUCCCUGGUUAUCUUCUCUACUCAAUGCAAAUGGAACCAUAACUCUUUCUUCAGGUACAUAUGGUUUAGGAUUAGAUAAAAAUAUAACAGAUAGUCCAGUCUGUCCAAAAACGCCACGUAACUCUAUUGGAACUUGCGAACUUCUGUACAAAUGCCCUCAGAUUUUCCCAGAUCUCACAAACGAAAAUGUGUAUAAAAAUUAUUUCUGUGAAUUAGAUGGAUAUGCUGGUGUGUGUUGCCCAAAAGAAGAAAAUAAAAAUUAGAAAGAAGCAAGUAGGUUUUUAACCACCACCUACACCUUUUUUGUGAAAUAAUUUUUAAACGUUUAAAACUGAAUGUGUUGACAAUAUGGUGUACUUAUUUUUAAAUAAAAAUAGUAAAAGUAUU